UAUACACACAGUCACUUGCAGUCGGACGCUCCGGACUCCAGUGUAGCUUUUCCUCCAGGACUGAGCUAACGUUAGCAGGGCUUCCCUCAGCUCGUAACCUGUCAUCUGGGCCAGUGAACUUCGCAGAAAGUCAAGUCUCUGAACAGACCUGCGGACAGCCCCGGCGUAAGGUCUCCGUGUCCCUCUCUGGACCAAUCAGAAGGCUCGCAAGGACAAGAACAAACAUCCAACAGGAGCUGCAUCAGGGGUGGAAAAACACAAGCCAUCUGUGAACCAAACCAGAGAAGCAGAGCCCCAGGUCACCUUGCAGCUGAGAGACUCUGCGUCAGCACGGCCAAGUGGGCACUGGUGAACAGCUGGCGGACCCCAGGGAGAGGCUCUGAGGAGAACCAGACAGGUCUGAAGACUCCGUGAGGCGCCAGGGUUCAAGAGAGGCCAGCAGCAGAUCCCCAGCCGAGCCACAGCCCCGCCUCCCUCCCUCCUCCCUCCUCCCCCUCCCCACUCCCUUUCCCGCCAUCAUGGCGUCCACCGGCCUGCAGCUGCUGGGCCUGGUCCUGUCCCUGCUGGGCUGGGCGGGCGGAGCCAUGGUGUGCGCCGCCCCCUUGUGGCGAGUGACCGCCUUCAUCGGGAACAGCCUGGUGCGCGCUCAGGUGGUGUGGGAGGGGCUGUGGAUGAGCUGCAUCAUCCAGAGCACGGGCGAGAUCCAGUGCAAGACGUACGACAGCGUGCUGGCGCUGCCGGGCGACAUGCAGGCCGCGCGCGGGCUCUGCAUGCUGGCGCUGAUGCUGUGCGCCCUGGCCCUGGCGCUGGGGGUGCUGGGGGCCAAGUGCACCCGCUGCCUGGGCCGGCCGUCGCUCAAGGCCCGCGUGGCGCAGGUGGCGGGGGCCCUCUUCCUCCUGGCGGGCUUCCUCUACCUGAUCCCCAUCUGCUGGACGGCCCACGCCAUCAUCCGCGACUUCUACGACCCCGCCGUGGCCGACCCGCACAAGCGGGAGCUGGGCCCCGCCCUCUUCCUGGGCUGGGGGAUGUCGGCGCUCCUGCUGAUCGGCGGGGCGCUGCUCGCCUUGGGCUCCGCCUCCCCGGGGCCCGGCUCCUCCCUCAGUUUCAGGGCAAAGAACAACCCCAGCAAGCCGGCCGAGGGCGAGGAACCUGCCAAGGCGUACGUCUGAACCCCCUCACCACCUGGUGACCGACCUUUCAUUACUGAGUGUGACUCCUUCAGAAUAAUGGGAUUUCCCUCUGCUGACAAUCUUCAGCUAGUCAGUGAUCUUUCUUUACAUAGUUAUAUCUCUCAUUAUUAUUAUUAUUUAAAAUUUUUAUUUUUGAUUAUUAUCCAUCCAUCCAUUAUCUAUACUCGCUUAUCCUGGGCAGGGAGGUGCCGGUGCCUAUUCCAGCAUUCAUAGGGCCAGAGGCAGGAAUACACCCUAGACAAGCAACCAAUCUAUCACAGUAUUUUAUUAUUAUUAUUAUUAUUAUUAUUAUUAUUAUUAUUGUAAUCAAUUGUAGGUUGUAGUGUAUAGUUUGAGGAGGUUUUGAAGAGGAAUGCACUGAUGCCCUUAUCUCAGCUUCUUGAUUCAUCACACAAUCUGCGCCAUGUUACUGUUCUCGAGCAGAGCUUCAUCCAGCCUCAAGCUCUGGGUCCAAACAUGUAGGCUGGACAUGCAGCAGUGUAACUGCAUGCAUUUUAUUCAGGCAGACAUGUUCCAUGCAACACCUAAAUGCUUUCUCAUCCAAUCCAGACCUUUCUAGCUGAUGUUGAAACGAUAUUACCCAGAGAGCCAUGUUGGCAAAAUAACUGUUUAUAAAAGCUUAAGCUUACUUGGCUUAUCGGUCAGUUUAUUUAUAUUGCAACCCCAGAACUUAUGCUAAUAUGGAGAAAUUAAGACACUGAAUUCUAUUGUACCUGAAAUCAAAGAGGAGACUUUUUUCAUUUAACAGAAGAUUUUUUUUUUGUUUUUUGUUUUAAAUUGUAUUUUGCAUGCAGUUCUCACAUGGCUGUAUAGGUGGGACUGAGGGAGGGGGGAGAGGGGGUUGGUGAACUUUUUGCUUUUUUUGGGGAAAAUGGAUGUUCACAUGUUACACAUUGUGAUGUCCUGCUUUGACUUUUUCAUUUUGCUGUCAGUGUAAUUCCCUGAGUGCACUAAUCAAGCACUAGAUGAGAAUGGUCAGAAGGCUCUGUAGGAUUGUAGGCAUUGGGGACUAUGGACAGAAAACAAAGGAAAAUCUGUGUGUAUGAGUCUCUGUGAACUGUUCUCCUCAAUCCACCCACAUCUCUUAGUGGAGGCAUGCCUGUAUGUGGGUGCACUAGAAAUACUAGUGUUUGCAUUAUUAGUAAUGUGUGAGUGAGUGUGUGUGUGUGUGUGUGUGUGUCUGAGAGAGCAUGCAUGAAUGUGUGUGUGUGUGUGAGUGUGUGUGCGCGUUUGUGUGCGCGUGCGUGUGUGUGUGUGUAAUAAAGUAUAGUCUGUGUGUUGCCAUUGUGUGUGUAGGCGCUAGACCACAUGGUGGGUGCAGUUCUGGGAAAGUUAAUCACUCAAUGUUUUAUUAAUGAGAAAUAGCUGGGAUCUCUCUCAUUCCUCACAGCCUCUGUCCACUCUGGCCAGUACACGGCAUAUGCAUGAGCAUGUCCAUGCCUCUGUUCAGCAGUCAUUGUGUCCACAUUCAUUUUCACCAGUGUUAAUUAAUCUCAUGCCUAAUAUCACAACAUGCUGUGAUGCACAUACCUGUGUUGGUCACUAGCAUUUUUACCAUUUAUUUGUGCUUGUGACAGGAAGGACCGCAAACAAAAAUAAGUUUCAUUACUUUAUUGUCUUAUUGUGUUAUCAUUCAUUAAUUUAAAGUGCAGUCAUUAUGCCAAAUGUCUUCAGAGAUGUGUGUGAUUUCAUUUGUAUUUUAAUUAUCAAA